AUGGGAGGAGGACGCGCCCGCGGAGGACGCGCGCGCGAACGCGCGCGCCACGAUGGAACGCGCGACGCGGUGUCGCCGGUCGCGGCGAUCGAUCCCGCGCGCGAGGGCGACGACGACGACGACGACGACGACGCGUCCGUCGCCGUCGGCGGCCGAACGAAGAAAUCGCUGACGUUCGUCUCGGAAACGGAUCGACCGACGCCGGACGCGCGGACGACGGCGACGGCGACGGCGACGGCGUCCUCGCCGGAGAUGCCGCGCACGCCGUCGCCGCCCAAGCCGACCGCCGCGAAUCAUCCCGCCGCCGACGCCGACGCCCGCGUGCGCGAACGACGCGAUGAUGAGCUCCUCCCGAGCAUCCGUCCGCUCGGCGAAGAAGCGGACUCACCGCGCUCGAUCGACGCGUCCCCGCCGCCGGCGUCCUCGCGCGCGCACUCCCAGAGCACGCCGACGACGCCGCAGUCGCACGAGAAGUUGCUGGGGGCUUCAGGGAGGAGAGCGAACGCGAGAGCGAACGCGACAACAGCGGGGUCUCCCGCGCCGCCGUCGCCGUUGCGUCUCACGCCAAUCAACGCGGUGUCGCAGUUCAGAAAAUCGCUCGCGGCGUUGCGCGCGCUCGGCGUGGACGUCGACGGCCUCGCCGCCGCGACCGACGACGUCGACGUCGACGCGCAUGUUGUCGCGAUGCGCACGCCGCGAAGCUGCGAGAACGAAGAACAGGAGACGGCACAGAUGGAGAUUCUUCUCUCCGAGAGGAGCCGCCAUCGCGCGUCGGCGCAGCGGCUGGAGCGAGAGAACGAGCUGCUCGCGGAUCGCGUCCGCGUGCUCGAAGAGCGCGUCGACGAGCUCGGCGGCGAGGACGCGUUCGCGAUCACCGAGGAGGAGAUGCGCGCGCUCGAUUUCGAGCUCGAGGGCGCGCGGAGGGAGGCGGAGACGUCGCGGGAGGAACGCGCGGUGUUGACUGAGGCGGCGGCGGCGGCGGCGAGACGCGCCGAGGCGACGGCGGCGGCGGCGGCGGCGGCGGAACGCCGCGCGUCGGAGCUCGAGCGCGAGCUGGAGGCGCGCGGGGCCGCGGACGUGCGCGCGUUCGUGCGCGGGGUGUUUAGAAACGUUCUCGACGCGGGGGGCGAGGGCGAGGAGAAGAAGAGCGCGUCCAUCUUGACGAAGACGAAGACGACGAAGCGCGGCGGCGGCGGCGCGGCGCGGCGGUCGAGCGCGUUCAACGCGUGCCUCGUCGUCCUCGUCGCGUUCGCGAUCGCGCUCACGGGAAGACUGCACACCUCGGAGCAGCAGCGCGCGGUCGUCGGAACCUACGCGACGUGCGCGCCGCCGCCGGCCGUCGUCGAGUCGCCGUUCGGCGUCGUCGCCGCGACCACCCCGGCGACGGCGUGCGACUGCGACGCGCCGCUCGCGAGUCGUCCGGCGCACUCUCCGCCGCCGCCGCGGCCGCCGGUCGCCGCGUCGCCGGUCGUCGAGGCGUCCGCAGAGGAGGAGGAGGCGGCGGCGGAGGCGGAGGAGGUCGAUCGCUCGACGCCGCCGUGGGCGUGGGCGCCGCCGCCGUCGGGAUCGCCGUCCCCCGCGGAGGACGACGAUCUCGCGGCGGCGGCGCCGCCGCCGCCGCCCUCGCCGCCGGUCGACGCGGACGCGAUCGACGCGGAAGCGCGCGCGGAGGCGGCGCUUCGAAAGUACGCGCGCGUGGACUUCGUCGGCGGGUUCGCGACGCUCAGCGGGCGCGACCAGCGCAUCGACGCGACGACGAAAGCGUCGGCGUCGGGCUCCGUCGGGCUCUUUCGCGCGGACGCGUACGACGACGACGACGGCGACGACGCGACGUUCGAAGACGUGCUCAAGAGCGGGUGGGACCUGUGGCGCCGCAGCGGCGCGAGCGACCGCCGCGUGCGCGUCAAGGCUGCCGCGAGACGCGCGGAGACCGCGCUCGAGUCGAGCAAGGAGACGAGGGACGGCGCGAGGGAGAGCGCGAGACGGUGGGAGGCGGCGGCGGCGGCGGCGGGUGCGCGCGGCGCCGCCACCGUCGCGGAGCGUCAACGGCUGACGUUCGAGGCGAGCGAGCGCGCCGCGGAGGCGUCGAGCGCGAGGAGGAGGUAUAAGGAGUCGCGAGCGAAGGCUGUGAGCGCGGUGCGCGCGUUGGAGGUGGAGAUGCGCGCGUUAGCGGGGUGA